GAGCUAUACGGAGCCCUCCACAUUGUUACAAAAGUUGAGAGGCACACAGCAAUGUUUGAGUUUGAUUUGGCAUAAAUUGGCAUUUAUAGAUCAUCAGAUCAUUGCACUGGCCUUGCUCUGGCGUGCUGACCCUCGUGGAGUCGUGAAGUGGUUCAUCAUCACUAUCGGCACAUUCGGCAGGUCCUCCUCUCUGAACGCCAGUAACCCCGUUGACAUCACUGCUGCCUCUAGCACGCGCCACUUUCAGCGGUCCAAUCGCAGACAGGAGAACUGCCUCUGUCUUGACAACUUUUUCCCCAUCACUUCCGGGCUGAUAACAAGGGCCAUACAUGCCCGUAGAUUUCCACUAAAAUCUCUUAGUUUGAUGUAUACAUUGGCACCAUUGCUUUGAUGUUUGGGCGUGACAUGAUGACAAAAGCCAGCAAAUGAUUUUGGUGUAUUGACGAAAUUAUUCCAAGAGCCACGAGAAUAGCGGGCGAGAAAGAGCACACCUGUAAUGCCGGGCUGAUGAUGGUGAUGCUAACGUCGAUAGCAUUUGAUAGGCGCUGUCUUGCGUCCCUCCACCUGUCUGGCAGUGUUAAAGUAACCUGACUCUUCUACCGAGCAGCGUCUGUUAGUCCAAGCAGAUCCACCAAAGGGACCACCAGUGCAUGACAAGGAACACAACCAGUCUCCAAAAGAAGUAUCUGGGUGUGUCCCUCACCCUUCCUGCCCUGCCCACCUCAACUGACUCCACCCCCUGACCCUUGAACCCUGACCUGCAAGAUGAAACUGAAAGAGGACAUGAACCCGCUGCUGUUGCAAGUCUUCCGCUCAGUGGUCUGGGUCUGCUCUUUCAUUACCUUCCUGCCAUGGUACUUCCUCUCGGGUGCCGGCACCAACCUAGACCGGGCACGGCGGGUCAAGGCGCGGUCGGUGAGUGGGCGUCCAGCGGGCCCUUACCGGGCGACCAACCGGGCAGGCGGUAUCCAUCAGAAGCUGGUGUGGUCCUUGCACCUGGGGGUGGACACCCUGGACAAGGUGAUGGUGCACGGGGUGACCAGGUUCCCAGAGAGGGACUGCCUGGGCACCAGAGAGGUGUUGAACGAGGAGGACGAGCUCCAACCCAACGGGAAGGUCUUCAAGAAGGUUAUCCUAGGGGAGUAUCAGUGGAUGUCGUACGAGGAGACCUACCAGGCAGCAGUGUGUUUUGGCAGUGGUCUGGCUGCGCUGGGCCAGAGGCCUCAGUGUAACAUCGCCAUUUUCUGUGAGACCAGGGCUGAGUGGAUGAUAGCAGCACAGGCCUGCUUCAUAUACAACUUCCCAUUGGUGACGUUGUACUCUACUCUGGGCGGAGCGGCCAUCGCCCACGGUCUCAAUGAAACAGAGAUCACCCACAUCAUCACCAGCAAAGACCUGCUACACAGCCGUCUCAAGGCGAUCCUGUUAGAGGUGCCUCGGCUGCAGCACAUUAUCGUGGUGGACAGUAAGCCAACCAGCUGGCCUGGCUUUCCCCGCGGCAUCAUGGUCCACAACUUGGUCGCCGUGCAGGAGCUGGGCUCUCGACCCGACAACAUGGCGGUGGCACGCCGGCAGCCCCUGCCCUCUGACAUCGCUGUCAUCAUGUACACCAGCGGCUCCACCGGCAUCCCCAAGGGUGUGAUGAUCUCCCAUAGCAACAUCAUCGCGGGCAUCACAGGCAUGGCAGAGCGCAUCCCAGACCUGGAUGAGACAGACACCUACAUUGGGUACCUACCGCUGGCUCAUGUUCUGGAGCUCAGUGCAGAGAUGGUAUGUAUCUCUCACGGCUGCCGCAUCGGAUACUCCUCCCCACAGACGCUAGCAGACCAGUCGACAAAGAUUAAGAAGGGCAGUAAAGGAGACACCAGUGUUCUGAAGCCUACACUCAUGGCUGCUGUACCUGAAAUCAUGGAUCGCAUCUAUAAGAAUGUGAUGACCAAGGUGGAGGAGAUGAGCAGUGUGCAGAGAACCCUGUUUGUGUUGGCCUACAACUAUAAGAUGGAACAGAUGACCAAGGGCUACAGGACCCCGCUCUGUGACAGUCUGGUGUUUAGGAAGGUGCGCUCGUUGUUAGGAGGUCACAUGCGGGUGCUGUUGUCGGGCGGCGCGCCCCUUUCUGCCGCCACACAGCGCUUCAUGAACAUCUGCCUCUGCUGUCCCGUGGGCCAGGGCUACGGCCUCACUGAGACCUGCGGAGCUGGCACCAUCAGCGAGAUGUGGGACUACAGCACAGGCCGGGUCGGAGCUCCUCUGGUCUGCUCUGAGAUCACCCUCAAGGACUGGGAAGAGGGCGGUUACUACAGCACAGACAAGCCCAACCCAAGAGGUGAGAUUGUGAUCGGCGGGCCCAAUGUGACCAUGGGUUACUACAAGAACGAGGUGAAGAACCGCGAGGACUUCUUCGUGGACAGCAACGGCCAGCGCUGGUUCUGUACAGGAGACAUCGGGGAGCUCCAUCCUGACGGCUGCCUCAAGAUCAUCGACCGUAAGAAGGACCUGGUGAAGCUCCAGGCUGGGGAGUAUGUGUCUCUGGGGAAGGUGGAGGCCAUGCUGAAGAACUGCCCUUUCGUAGACAACAUCUGUGCUUACGCAAACAGUGACCAGUCAUAUGUGAUUGGCUUUGUGGUGCCCAAUCAAAAGCAGCUGACAGUGCUGGCGGAGCAGAGAGGGUUACGGGGCAGCUGGGAGGAGAUCUGUAACAACCCUGACAUGGAAAGAGAUGUUCUCCGCAUCAUCACCGAGGCCGCCCUGUCAGCCAAACUUGAGCGCUUUGAGAUCCCUAAGAAGAUCUGUCUUAGUGCAGAGCCCUGGACCCCAGAGACUGGCCUGGUUACGGACGCAUUCAAACUCAAACGUAAGGAGCUCAAAUCACAUUACCAGGAUGACAUCGAAAGGAUGUACGGUGGCAAGUAACACACAAACACACACACACACACACACACUCUCUAAGACACACACCGGUAAAGACAUAUGCAAGGAAUCUAAAAAACACUACCACGAUGACAUGGAGACUGGAGAGGAUGUACGGUGGCAAGUAACACACACACACACAGAGGGAGAGAGGAGGAACGACCCAUUGUACUUCCUCUUCCCUUCCGACUAGUUACAAUCAAACGGAAAAUAACUCUGGAAAAUAACUGUCAGUCAAUCCAGACCCCCAACAAAGACGGCGAGGCCAAGCCAGUUGGAGUGACAUCCGUUGCUUCUCUUCUUCAAAGGUUUUUCUGAGUCUGUGUGUUGCUAUGAUGAUGAUGGCAUCGUUGACAUGACCCAGCGAAGACACAGGAAAUUACAAGUUUGUACAAAAGACUGCUUCGGGCACUAUGUCCAUCCCCCUGGCAUGUGUGUAGUCCAGACACCCGAUGGGAGACUGGUUUGUUGUUGUGUUACUGUGGCCUGAGUCGUGUUCGGAAGAGAACUGACAAACGGAACGACUACCUAAACUUGUCCAAUAAGAAACACUUGUUUUCCGUUCCAAAAUGUUUUUACAGUAAACACCAAUGAAUAUGACCCUGAAAAAGGAGGCCCUUCGGUUUAAAUGUCCCAUAUCCAGGUUUGAGUCUAUGCAGGGAUCUCUUUUCUUGUACAUGUUUUUUUUUGGGUGUAGUGAUAUUUGUUGUUCUGUUCAUGUUUCCUUACGGUUCUUUAACUUAUACGGUUUGUCUUCAGUCGCUUCCGAAGCCCAUUCAAUGAACAUCCUGUGUCUGAGAGAAAUCAAGUGUUUCAAAGCCGUGAAAGAUUUUUUUAAAGCAACUCGCGUUCUUAAUUUGCUUUUCUUAUAUUUUUCUGAACGGUUUGUUUCUCAUUUAUAUUGUUUUUUCUCCUGGUUCUAUUCUAUGGAAGAGUAUGUGUUUAGUGAUUUGACUAGAUGAAGUCCUGUCACUCUUUUGUUCUGUGUGUUAGUGAUGUAAUCUCCUUCUGGCUCUGUUUCUCUGUGGCUGGCUGAUGUGAUGUGUCUAGGUUGGCUCGUAGAACCUGUUUGUCAUAAAUAAUCAGUGUUGGGGAAACUACUCUGACAAUAUAGUUUACCAAGUUACCAAUUACUUCAUACUGGAAGAAGGAUACACUAAAGCUACCCUUCAGAAAACUAUUUCAGUUAGGUAGAAUAUAGUUAACUGCAUAUCUAAAUCUGAAAUGUCAAGACAGAUCACUCUGGAGUCAGAUGUUAACAGAAUGUGUAAAUUAGCCUAUUAAAAACAAAAACUGUUUCAAGGGAUAAUUAGGCAGAUCUGAUGCUGAAAAAGAAAAAGAUUUUCUACUUCCACCAUACUACAUUAUUUGUGAAAAUAAAUUACGUAGCAUAGUUCCAGUAGUUAGCUACACCACUACAUGGCAAAAAAAGUAAUGAACUACUGAAAACAAUACCUACAUUUGAAUUUAGUUCACCACUAAGCUACUGCAAAAUGCUGUUAAAUUACUAGUUAAACGACAUGUAGUUCACUUCUCCCAAACUCUAUGAAUAAUGUAGUCUGAUCCUCUGACUAUUAUUGGGAUGCAUGAGUUAACCAGAGCAAGAAGAACUGAUCUGGGACCAGGUUAGUAAUGAAGGUGAAGUGUCCAAGGUGGCUACAGGGAAGUAGAAUGAAGUUGCCCCCAAAGCUAAGUUUUUCUUAGCUUUCUCCCCUGUGGUUGUGGUUAGGUUGUGGAGAGGAUAAGCUGAUCCUUGAUCUGUGCCUAAGGGCAACUUGUCAUCAUGUCAUAUAUGUA